GAUAGUAUUUUAAAAAAGGUAGCUAAAGCUAUUCCAAACAGCGCCUAAAACUUUUUGUGCGAUUCCCGGUUUCGGACACGGUCCUGAAUGCUUAUCCACACCAGAAUCCCAGUGACGAUGAGCGUCUCCUUCGCGGCGUCUCCUCCGAGCUUGACCUUUGCUCCGACGAGGGGUCUCAAUAAGUCCUUAUUUCACGGCGUCCGCAUAUCCCAUGUACUCCCCGCGCUGCCGGCCCGAACAUCGCACUCCUCAAUUGUCGUGCGAAUGGCUAAGAGGGAAGAAAACCUGAAGGAAAUCAGAUCGAAAACUACUGAAGAAAUCAACGAGGAGGUACUGGACCUCAAGGGAGAGCUCCUGAUGCUUCGAUUCCAGAAGUCUGCUCGCAAUGAGUUCAAGUCUAGCGAGUUUGGCAGAAUGCGCAAAACGAUUGCUAGGAUGCUAACUGUGAAGCGGGAAAGAGAGAUUGAGGAAGGGAUCGGCAAAAGGCUUUCAAGAAAGUUAGACAAAAAGUGGAAGAAAAGCAUUGUUCCUAGACCUCCUCCUUCUUUAAGGAAACUGCAAGAGGAGGCAGAUGCAGAAGCCAAGGAAUCAAAUUGAACUUGGAAACUUCUGUGUCUAGGUAUGAUGAUGGACAAGGCUGGGCGAACUCGUGUGUUGACGAAACAACACAACUUUACGUACAACAUUCGAAUAUUUUGGCUAAUACAUUCGAAUGUAUGCGGCAGUUAUUGUUAAACAUUAUGUUUCAGUAGUUUUAAGCAUGAUUCGAAUGAAGAAUUUCUUCUUCAACAUUAUCUCUAGAUUCUGGUACUUCAUGAGAUUUCACAUGUUCUUUUGUUGAUUCUUCUUCUGCUAUAGGAGCAGAGGGUGCAUUACCAUUCUGAAUUGGUUUGCCCUUCGGUUUUACGGGACCAACCUUAAAUAAAUUUCUCCACGCCUCGAACCAUGGCCAACGAGUACGAAAUGAUUCCAUGGAUGCAAUAGAUUUUUUAGCAAAUU